GCAGCACCCAAAAGCAAACACGUCGGAAGCGACGGGGCGACGAGUAGGUGCGGUGAAGGGAAGCAAGGAAAGAAGCAACGCGAAAUAAAGGAGCAGUUUUUACCCCUGCGACCUUCUUCCUUCUCGUCCCUCGAUUGUCCUCGGCGACUUCUAAAUAUGUGAUUUCUUCUUCACCUCUCGUUUAGAUCCCUGCCUAGGUUUCCGACGUCAUGGAGGCGGAGGAGGAGCAGAUGCGGGUGAGGAGGAGGACGGUCCAGGCGGUCCUUGAGCAGUGCCGGGAAGCCCUCGAGCUGCUCCAGGACGCCGAACCCGGCCGAGAUCCCACCGGAGAUGCAGACAUGGAGAAGGUGGAGGAGGUGCCGGAGGAGGAUGACGCCGGGGAUCGUUCCAAUCCGGCCUCGCCCUCUGCAGCUGACUACGAGACCUAUGAGCUCUGUGAUCUACUCAAAUCUAGAGUUGAAUCACCUGACUUUCUUCAGAAGCUUGGGAACAGCAAAAUUUCAGUUCCUCAUCGUAUUUCUGCUGAUGAUAGUGCUUCUUGGGAUUUCGUUAAUGCUAUCGAAUUUUGGGAAGAUGAGCAUGUCAACGGUGACAAUGAAUCAGAACAAGAUGACUAUGUACUUGUUAGGCAAGAAGACAUAGUAGAUGGGAUUGCAUCCUUCAUGGCUGCUUACCUGUUGUCACUAAAACAAACCAAAGAUCUAACCCCUAAUCAACUACAAAAAGCACUUUGCAAAACAUUUUCUGUCAAAAAGAAGAAAAGUAAACUUCGUAAGGCCUGGGAUGGAAGCAAAGUUGUUUACAAUGUUGCAUCCUGGAGUGCAACUGCUAUUGGCAUAUACCAAAAUCCAGUGUUAUUAAAAGCAGCCUCUGCAGCAUUUUGGACCUCUUGCCGCGUAAUAUCCAAAUUAUUGUGAAGAUCAAUCCUGUAACUCCAUGAGAUGUAAUGCCUAAAUCUUUGUUUGUGUUUGGAGCAGUUGUGCUGCUUCCAAUUCUUUGGAAGAUAACAGAUUUCGAAACCAUCAGUUAACUUAGCAAAAAUAUUAUGGUGACUCAAAUUAUUCAAACCUUUCCUGAGCAUCCAAA